AUGGAAGUAAAAGCCAGAGCAGUUGGAAAGAUCAUACUGUUUGGUGAACAUGCUGUGGUUCAUGGAUCUACUGCCGUCUCUGCCUCCAUUGACCUGUGUACCUAUGCCACUCUUUGCUUGCCCGCUCAUUCUGAUAAUAAUGGUUUACUUAGACUGGAGCUCAAGGAUAUUGGAUUAGAGUUUCUGUGGCCAGUUGGUAGGAUUAAGGAAGCACUAUCCGGAAUAGAUGUUCCCAACCCAUCAACACCUACCUCAUGUCCAGCAGAGGUGAACAAAUCACUUGCUAUUUUAGUUGAAGAACUAAACAUUCUAGAGGCAAAGAUCGGAAUAGCUGCUGGAGUCUGGGCUUUUCUUUGGCUAUGUUCAUCUAUCCAAGGGUAUGGGACUGUGCCUGCAACAGUUAUUAUCAGUUCGGAACUUCCUUUGGGUUCAGGUCUUGGUUUAUCUGCCGCACUUUGUGUUGCAUUCUCUGGUGCUCUUCUUGCUUACUCAGAUUAUGCGAGUCUAGAUUUCAGCCACCAGGGGUGGUUAGAUUUUGGCGGAAGCGAACUUGACUUGCUGAAUAAAUGGGCAUUUGAAGGUGAAAAAAUCAUCCAUGGAAAGCCAUCUGGAAUUGACAACACAGCACAUAUGGUAAUAGUUUGCCAUAGUAUGUUAGGAUGA